AGCCCGCCGCGGCCGCAGCCGCCCCGGAUCCGCCGGCAUCGCCGCCCCGGGGCCCGCGGGUGAGCGGGGAGGGGGAGCUCGCCCCCAAACCCAUCGUGGGGGUCCCCGGGAGGGUUUUUUUUUGCGGGGCAGGCGAUGUCUGGGCCGUGGCCCGGCGGCGAGCGGCACGGUGCGCUCGUCCUUCCUCCCCCGGAGCAGGAGCGGAGCGCGGAGAGCAGCGAGGAGGAAUCGCCGCGGCGGGAGCCGGUGGCAGAGGCCGCCGCGAGCGGCUCCGCGGCGCAGGAAGGCAGCGCCGAGGGAAAGCCCCGGAGAUCCCUCAGCAGGACGGGCUGCAAGCGCAGAGCGCGGGGAUCCCAGGGGGAAAGAGCCGGCCUGGGCCGGGGAGGCGGCCGGAGCUCGGAGCUGGGGCAGCUGCAGGAUGGGGAGAAGCCCCACGAGUGCUCGGAAUGCGGGAAGAGCUUCAGGUGGAGGUCGUCCCUGGUCCGCCACACGAGGAUCCACACCGGGGAGAGGCCCUACGAGUGCGGGCUGUGCGGGAAAAGCUUCAACACCAGGUCCUACCUGAUCGUCCACCAGCGGAUGCACAGCGGGGAGAGAUCCUACGCCUGUGGGCUCUGCGGGAAGAGCUUCAGCACCAGCUCCCACCUGAUCGUCCACCAGAGGAACCACACCGGCGAGAGGCCCUACGAGUGCGACCGGUGCAAGAAGAGGUUCCAGAGCAGCUCCACCCUCCGCAGCCACCAGCGCAUCCACACGGAGGAGAGGCCCUUCCGCUGCGCCGACUGCGGCAAGGGCUUCAGGGAGAACUCCACCCUCGUCACCCACCGGCGCAUCCACACCGGCGAGCGGCCCUACGUGUGCGGGCAGUGCGGCAAGAGCUUCAACACCAGCUCCUACCUGACCGUCCACCAGCGGGUGCACAGCGGGGAGCGGCCCUACGAGUGCGGGCAGUGCGGGAAGAGCUUCAGCCGCAGCUCGCAGCUGAUCGUCCACCACAGGAGCCACACCGGGGAGAAGCCCUACGAGUGCCCCCAGUGCGGGAAGGGCUUCACCUGCACGUCCAACCUGCUCGUCCACCAGAGGAGCCACGCGGGGGAGAGGCCCUACGAGUGCGACCGGUGCAAAAAGAGGUUUGGGAGCGUCGGGGAUCUGCUGGCGCACCAGCGCGUUCACGCGGAGGAGAAGCCUUUCCUCUACCCCGACUGCGGGCUGGGAUUCGACCGCGACCCCGCUCUGGUGGAGCGGCCGUGCGUCCACGCCGGCGAGAGCGGGGAGAGCUUCGGCGAGGGCUCCAGCCUGGUGGUCCACGAGAGCGGCGGCGUCGGGGAGAAGCCGUACGGGUGCGAGCGGUGCGAGGAGCGCUUCUACACCGGCGCCGCCCUCCUCAAGCACCAGCGCGCGCACGCCGAGGAGCGGCCCUUCCGCUGCGCCGACUGCGGCAAGGGCUUCAAGCACAGCUCCGCCCUGCUCGUCCACCGGCGCAUCCACACCGGCGAGAGGCCCUACGAGUGCGACCGCUGCUGGAAGAGGUUCCACACCAGCUCCGACCUCCUGCUGCACCAGCGCAUCCACACGGACGAGCGGCCCUUCCGCUGCGCCGACUGCGGCGCGGGCUUCAAGCACAACUCCAGCCUGGUCAAGCACCGGCGCGUCCACACCGGCGAGAGGCCCUACGAGUGCUGGCAGUGCGGGAAGAGCUUCAGCGCCAGCUUCAGCCUGAUCGUCCACCACCGGACCCACACGGGCGAGCGGCCCUACGAGUGCCCCCAGUGCGGGAAGAGCUUCAGCCAGAGCUCGGGGCUGGUGGCCCACCAGAGGUGCCACACCGGGGAGAGGCCCUACGAGUGUCCCCGGUGCGGGAAGGGCUUCUCCCAGAGCUGUAACUUGACCAAGCACCAAUGCAGGCAGCGCUGCGUGCCGCCCGGCGCGCGGGAGGAGCUUCCCGAGGCGCUCGGGCUCCGUCCGGCGCGGGAGGAUCCGCGCUGGGUGAUCCCCGCGGAGCCGCGGUGGGCAGAGCCCCGGUGAUCCCCGUUUGGGGGGCUCCGCGUCCUCCCAACUCGGGUUUUCAUUUCGUUUCUCUUUCCAAACGCUCCAAACUAGGUCGGGAAUAAAGAUUGUCGGACUGAAACGAG